AUGUCAUCGAUUGAAGACAUUUUUGUCAAUGGAAUGUUGACACCUCAAAUAGUUGUACCAAUUAUCGGUGAUGGUGCCUGCCUUUUCCGUUCAAUAUCAUUUUAUUUGUUUAACACUCAAGAAAGAUGUCAGGAGAUCCGAAAUAAAAUUGUUUCGUAUGUGUCUGAUAAUUGGAAUAAUUUUAUUACUAUGUCUUACAAUUCAAAUGGUGACAACUUUUCCACUGCUGAGGCUUAUGUUCGUGAAAUGGUCAAUCCUACUGUCUACGGUGGUUAUUGCGAAUUGGUUGCAGCUGGAAAUAUUUUCCCAUUUUUAUUUCAAAUUUAUUAUAAUCAUAAUCUUUAUGCUAAAUUUGGUGUAGAUACAUUCCCAAAAUUAUCUGGUCUAGCAUAUAAUCCCACUAUUGAUUAUAAAAAUAACAUUGGUAGUAUGAACCAAAAAUGUAAUUUUUGUAACGCUCUCAAGUGGAAAGGCGAAAUUCCUGGUAUGUGCUGUAAUAUAGGUAAAACACAACUCGAUCCCUUACAGCCGCCCCCAGAACCAUUACGCAGUUUACUUGAGGGAGACCAUCCUGAUCAUGAUCACUUCAUUAAUCGUACUAGGAAAUAUAAUAGUUGUUUUCAAAUGACUUCGUUUGGUGCUAAACAGAUUGUUGAAGAAGGUUUUAUGCCAACAUUUAAAGUGCAAGGCCAAGUCUACCAUUUGUACGGCAGUUUGAUUCCAAAUACUCAGGAAAACCCACAAUUUUUACAAAUAUAUUUUGUUGGCGAAGAUGAAAAAGAAGUUCAACUUAGAUGCUCUCUUUAUCCAGAAGUUAAACAAGCAUUAGUCAAACAGCUACAAAAUAUGCUGCAUACUGAAAAUAAGUAUAUUCGAGAGUUAAAAACCACAAUAGAUAAUGCAAGUCAAAAUAAUACUAAUUUUCAGGUGGUUAUUCACGCUGAUAGAAAAUCUGCUAAUGGACACAAAGGCUGUUAUAAUGCUGCAACAUGUAAUGAAGUAGCUUUAGUUAUAGUUGGGCAGCAGUUUGAAAAACGUGAUAUUAUUAUUCAAAGCCACGAUAAUCGAUUACAACGGAUAAGUGAAUUACACAGAUCCUACGACGCACUUCAAUACCCUCUAAUGUUUUGUUAUGGAGAAGAUGGAUACUCAAUAGAUAUUUCUCAGAAGGAUGCAACUACAAAAUUAAUUACAGAUAAAACUGUAUCUGCUGCCAAUUUUUAUUCAUAUAAAAUUAUGGUAAGGAAAGAACAAGAUAAUCAUUUGCUUCGUUAUGGUCCAUUGUUCAACCAAUAUUUAGUAGAUAUGUACGCAAAAAUAGAGACUGAAAGAUUAAAUUUCAUUAGAAAUCAUCAAAAUAAGCUUAGAGCAGAUAAAUAUAUUCAUUUAAAAGAUACCGUUGGAAGACAAGAUGUUGACGCAGAUCAACUUGGAAAAUUAGUUGUAUUGCCAUCAUCUUUUACAGGAGGCCCACGAUAUAUGCAUGAACGAUCCCAAGAUGCACUGACGUACGUUCGACACUAUGGCAGCUCAGAUUUAUUCGUAACUUUUACGUGUAAUCCAAAAUGGCAAGAAAUCCAAGAAGCACUUUUACGAGGACAAAAACAUUACCAUCGCCCAGACAUCAUUGCAAGAGUAUUUAAUCGAAAAGUUAAGGAGUUAAUAGAUCUGUUCAAAAAAGGAGAUUUGUUUGGGAAAGUGAGGUACCAUAUAUAUUCAGUUGAAUGGCAGAAACGAGGCCUACCUCACGUACACAUAUUACUAUGGUUGGAGAAUCAAAUUACAUCAGAUAUGAUAGAUAAAUUCGUGUGUGCUGAGAUUCCGAAUCCAGAUGUAGAUCCUUUACUGUACGAGAUAGUAAAGGCUAACAUGAUACAUGGACCAUGUGGACUUUUGAACAAAAAUUCUCCGUGCAUGAAAGGAGGUGUUUGCAGCAAACGUUAUCCAGUUACGCUCAUUCAAGAAACUCAAAGAGGUGAAGAUGGCUAUCCAAAAUAUAGAAGGCGAUCAACAAACGAUGGUGGUUUCAAAAAAUAA